AUGCACUAUCAUUUCCAUCCAAAAUCCAAUUACCAUCCUCUCAAGUCUUGGGAUAAUCCCAAUACUGAUUGCUGCUACUGGGAGGGCAUCAUCUGUGAUAUCACCAAUGGUCAUGUCAUUGGCCUUAGUCUCUCUCAUUCAUCACUCUAUGGUUCUAUCCAUUACAAUAGCACCCUCUUCCAUCUUCAUCACCUUCAGAUGCUUAAACUCUCUGGGAACCAUCUUUCAGGGUGUAUUCCAUCAGAAAUAUCACAACUCACAGAUUUGGUUUCUCUUGAUCUUUCUUUCAACCGAUUUGGGGGCCAAAUUCCAUCUGAAUUAUCACGGCUGACUAAGCUCAUUUUCCUUGACCUUUCUGGCUAUAGGUUUACCCAAUUUGAAAUCUCUACAGACUGGUUUUCCCAACUUGAAAUCCCUACAGAUUGGUUUUCCCAACUUGAAAUCCUUGAUCUUAGAAAAUUUGUUCAAAACCUAUCUAGCUUGAGAGAGUUGCAUCUUGAUGGCGUGAACUUGUCAGCUCCAAAUAAUAGGGAUUGGUGUCACCCGUUAUCAUCCGCACUUCCUAACCUUCAUGUGCUUUCAAUGAGGAAUUGUUCACUUAUAGGCCCUUUGGAUGCAUCGAUCUCAAGCCUUCGCUUCCUCUCAGAGCUCUACUUGGACUUUAACCGAAAUCUCUCUUCCAUUGUACCUAGUUCUCUGGUGAACCUCACUUCUUUGACUGAUUUUAGCCUCUGGCAUUGCAACUUUUCUGGACCAAUCCCACCUUCUCUUGCAAACCUUACUCAUCUUACUGAAUUAGAUCUUUCAGAGAACAGUUUCAGUGGUCAAAUCCCUUCCUUCUUCAGGAGAAACUUUCCCAGCCUUGAGGUACUCUGGUUAGAAAACAAUUUGCUUCAAGGCCCCAUCCAUUCUUAUCUAUAUUUUCUUCCAUCCUUGCGUGUGUUGGACUUAUCUGAUAAUCAAUUCAGUGGGAUAAUAAAUGAGCCUACUCACAACAUAUCUUCUUUUUCUAGUCCACUAAAGUUUUUCUUAAGUGGAAACCACUUGAAAGGACAAGACCUGGUGAGAUCAAUUUCCAAGAUCAAUGGAACAUUUGAACUCCUUGACCUUUCAUUCAAUGACUUCGGCUACCUAAUGGAAGGUACAAAUCUUUCUUAUGAUUGCAGUCACAACUUUAUCAAUGCUCAAAUUCAUGAAUUGUGGAUGAUAUCUUGCAAUCUUAGUAAAUUCCCAGAUUUCCUUAGGAACCAAAAGGAAUUGACUUAUCUAGAACUUCCUAGCAAUCGAAUUGGUGGUGCCAUACCCAAUUGGAUAUGGCAAAAGAAUUUGUCACGAGUAGGACUUUUUAACAACUCAUUGGCACGUCUGGAAUUGCCAUUACCUAAUCACUUCUUCAACAUUGAAAUACUUAAUCUUCAAUCAAACAUGAUACAAGAGUAUCUACCAACAGCUUCCAAUCAAUCUAAUAGUGAGUUUGAGUCUUCCAUCUUAGGGAAUCUCACAUCCCUUCUCUCUAAAUCCAGUUUCCAAUUUUCAAUUUCAGAUAACAAAUUAACUGGAAAAAUCCCUUUCUCAAUCUGCAAUGCAAGUAAUCUUGAUUUUUUGGAUUUGUCCAAUAAUCAAUUGAGUGGUACUGUCCCAACAUGCCUCGGUAGUAGCAACUUGAGGGUGCUAAAGUUAGAGAGCAACAAAUUAAUUGGAAAAAUCCCUUUCUCAAUCUGCAAUGCAAGGUAUCUAGAUAUUUUGGAUUUGUCCAAAGACUUCUUGAGUGGCACUAUCCCAACAUGCUUGGGCAAUAGCAACUUGGGCGUACUAAAUUUAGAGAGCAACAAAUUAGAUGGACCCAUUCCUCCCGCUUUCAAAGAUGGAUGCAUUCUACAUACACUCAAACUCAAUAAUAAUACGCUUCAAGGAAAAGUUCCAAGAUCAUUGGGCAACUGCAAGGAACUAAAGGUGUUAGAUGUUGGGUACAACCAAUUGAAUGAUACUUUCCCAUAUUGGUUGGGAAAUCUCUCAGCGUUGCAGGUUUUUGUCAUGAGAUCUAACAAAUUUGGUGGUCCCAUUGCUCAACUUUCCCAAGCUGAUUCUCCCUUUCCAAGCCUACAUGUCAUUGACCUCUCUUUCAAUGGUUUUACAGGAAACUUACCAUUGCAAUAUAUUCUUCAUUGGAAGGCAAUGAUGACUGCUGAGAACAAUUCAGAUUUGAAUUAUAUCAGUUUCCAUGAAAAGUUUUCCGACAACUACUAUCAAGAUACAGUUGCUAUUGUAUACAAAGGACUAUACCUGGAAAUGACAAGAAUUUUAACAACCCUCGUCACCAUAGAUCUAUCCAACAACAACUUCAAAGGAAAGAUUCCAGAUGCUUUGGGAAAUUUAAAAGCACUUAAGGUACUCAACUUGUCAGGAAAUAGCCUCAUAGGUCAAAUUCCAUUUUUUUUAGGGAAUCUAAGUGAACUUGAGUCGCUAGAUCUUUCAAGAAACAAACUUUCAGGAGAAAUCCCAAGGCAAUUGACAAGUUUGACCUUUCUUUCAGUCUUGAAUGUAUCAUAUAAUAACCUCGUAGGAGGUAUACCACAAGGGAGCCAAUUUGACACCUUUUCAAAUGAUUCCUAUGAAGGAAAUGCAGAAUUAUGUGGGUUGCCUUUGUCAAGGAAGUGUGGAAUAUCUGAUAGAGGAUUACCUCCAGCAUCAAUGUCCCAACAAAAUGAUGAUUCAAAACCUCUACUUGAUUGGAAAUUUGUCGUAGCUGGGUAUUGCUCUGGUUUAAUAAUUGGAUUGGUUGCUGGACAACAAUUGUUUUGGAGAAACAACCAAUACUUGGGAUGUAUUUUGAGAAUCAGAGGAUCCAAGCAGAUCAGAAAAGGAAGAAAGAGGAAACACCACAAUAGAGGGAAAUGA